CCCCCCGUCUUUGUCUGUACGGCUGCUGCUGCUGCCUAGGGGCCGGCUGGUAAUUAGGCACACGCUUGCCGGCUAGAGUCUCUUUUCUCCCUCUCUCUCUCUAAUCUAGGACGACGCCGGCGCCGGCGCCACGAUUGUUAUUACUCCUAGCACCGUCAAUCGUCGCCGCCGCCGUCUCCCGUGUACACCGCUGCACCGUCUCUGCUACACAACAUGGACGUCGCCAGCCCCGGAAACGCCAAGGUCGGCAAGCUACUCCCUAAGAAACUGGCGGGAAAAUGGAAAAAGCAGCCUUCGAAGGAGAGUUUCGGGUCCACGGCCAGUAGCGAAGAUUUUCCCCGCGGGAGGAGUUUAAACGACCACGAGCUUCCCGACGACGGGUCUCUCCCCGCUACGCAUCCGUUCGGACCGGUUGGCGGGAUAACGGACGGUGACGACGGCGCAAGGGGUUUCCGGGAGGCGGCCGAUGCCGACGAUCCUGACCAGCAAAACUUCCGUUCCAACAGGUCCGCCUCGGUUCGACCUACUGUGCCGUCAACCCAUCCCUCUCAAAUUGGCCAGCUGACAACGUCGUCGCCCCUCAUUCAAGCCGAUCACAUCCCCGAAGCACAUAAUAGAAACCAAGACGACCUGAGCGGCCUCUCUCGAUCGGCUACCUUCGUUCCCACUGCUGGCUUUUCCUUCGAGCCGCAUCGUCCCUUAGUCACCAGUAAGACGGGCUUGCAGCCACUCCAGGACCCGUCUACACGUCGGUCCAAGUCGCCUACUAGCAGGAUCAGGGACGCCUUCAAAAGUAAGAAAAUCUUAGGCGGUGUGGAGGACGUCGAGUGCGACAGCCGAGCAGACACUAUCGACCCCGACUUGCCCAACACGUCAUCCCGAGCCUCGACCGCGGGAUCCGCUUCGCAGCCAGGCUCCAGCACCGUGUCCCAAACCGACACGAAUGACACCCAGGUAGCAUCAUCCCAGCGACCUCAUCGAUCCAGCAGCCCGCCGCUCGCAGACACGUCGGCUCGCCCUCGUACACCUCCAGCGUCUGAGCCGGCCGCCCCGGUCAUCGUGAACACCCCGCCGACACCCACCGAGUCGCAUCACUCCCAGCGCUCGCGGAAGGGCUCGUCUGCCAGUACGAGCUCCAACCCCAAUGUGGUUGUUUCUUCUUCUGGUAAUAUGAUAUCGCACCGACGGCUGAGGUCAGGAUCUAGCGCAAGCGUUGGCCCUAGCAAGCUGUCCAACAUAACACUAGCGCCUUUGACGCCGACGCAGGAGAACGCUCCGCCGCUGACUCCGGGAGGCGGGUUCUUCUCGAGCAUGCUAUCCGCUGCUCAGAACGCUGCCAACACCUUCAGUAGCACGAUUACCAACACGAACGUCGGACCGGGUGGGGGCAAGCCUAAGGCGAGUACGGCGCGGGAGACCCGACCGGCCGACGACGAUAGGGUGGAAGUCGAGCCCUCUGUUGCGCAGUCGGGGGGUCCUAACAUGGGAGAGAAGGAACUGGCGGUGAAAACCCUCGGCAUGGGUGAUUUAAGUCUCAGUCAGCUGGGUAUCCAGGAUGCCGGCAGUGCCGCACCUACCCCUAUCGCUUCUAGAUUCUCCGAGCCUACCACCGAACCCCGGGGACGCUCCGAGUCGGCGCCGGUGGACUCCGUGGCUGCGUCCGUCAACGAUGACGGACACUCUGACGAUCUCGGAGUUAUCCAUCCGCGGGCUGCUGUCGAAUCCGCGGCCACGAGCCCUCCCACUAGCAUAUACGAGGGGAAAUCGGGAGUCCAGCGUACCGGUAGUGUGCGGAGUGCUAUCGGUCCAAGGCGGAAGCGCGGGAGCACAGGGGGGACCGCGGGGACGGGAACAACUAUCGGGGCAGCUAUUGCGGCAGCUAAUGCUUCAGUGGCUCACCCUUCUGCCACCGGUAGCGUUCCUAAACUCACAGGGUUUGCCGUAGCGAGUAAGAAACGCAAUCGGGAUUUCCAUGCCCUAUUUAAGAGUGUCCCCGAUGACGACUACCUGAUAGAAGACUAUAGCUGUGCUCUUCAGCGCGAGAUUCUUGCGCAUGGCAGGCUCUACGUUUCGGAAAGUCAUCUGUGCUUUAGCAGCAACAUCUUUGGUUGGGUGACGACCCUAGUUAUGAGCUUUGACGAGAUCGUGUCUGUCGAGAAGAGGAGCACUGCCCUGGUUUUCAAGAACGGCCUCAUGAUCACAACGCUCCACGCAAAGCAUAUAUUUGCCAGUUUCGCGAGCCGGGACUCGACGUACGAUCUGAUCGUCAACAUUUGGAAGCUCGGACACCCCUCUCUGCAGAGCUCGUUGAAUGGCGUCUCACUGGAGGGCACCGGGGGCGACAAGACGGAGAAAGUCGAGGAGGGGGAGGCCGUAGUCGGAAGCCGGAGUGGAACAGGGUCAGAAGACGAGGAGAGCGAAGACGGAGACGUCUACGACGAAGACCAAGACGACGACGACGACGCGCCCGAAGCUUCACCGUCAGCCGAGGCAAGCCCGGCUGACACGGACGGCGAGAAAUCUGCAGCGAGGAAGGUGUCCGGUGCGGUAGCUGCAAACGGCGCCACAGACAAACCCGAUUCCGCACCGGCGGCCACCGGCGUGGCUGAUUUUCCAGGGCCGGCUACACACGCACCGACAGACUGCGGCGAUGCUGAGACUCAUUACGAUAUAGUAGUGGGCGAAGACACCAUUCCCGCGCCCCUGGGGAAAGUGUACAACCUGGUUUUCGGGCCUGCAUCGGUAUCCUUCAUGGGAAAAUGGUUGACCAACGAGCAGAAGUGCACUGAUUUGCAGAUGGAGGACAAGAAAGGGUUGACCCUAGACAACAAGAGUCGAGGAUACACCUACAUUAAGCCCCUGACUGGUUCGAUAGGGCCGAGGCAGACCAAGUGUCUAGUAAACGAGACACUGGAUAAUUUCGAUCUCGAGAAGUGCGUCAACGUAUCAGUCGCGACACAGAAUCCGGAUGUGCCAAGCGGGAACGUGUUUAGCGUCAAGACAAAGUACUGUCUGUUCUGGGCUGAAAAUAACUCGACGCGGGUAACGAUCAAUUGUACCAUCGAGUGGACAGGCAAGAGCUGGCUUAAAGGACCGAUCGAGAAGGGUGCCAAAGACGGCCAGACCCAAUACUGUAAAGAUCUCUUCGCCAGCUUGAAAGCAGCGGUAUCUGGCCCUCGUUCGGCGACACUCGCUGGUGGAGCGGGCAAGGGUAAGAAGAAGCGUGCCAAAGGCAAGUUUCACCAGGCCUCGAAGGAGAGCCUGGCCAGUCCGACACAACUGGCGGCGGCCAAGUCACAAGAUUGGGGCCCGCUUGAGCCUCUGCAUGGCCUCCUCGGUCCCGUCAUCGACAUUAUCAAGCCCGUUCUGACCGGCAAUGUCGUGUACGGGCUCCUUGUCGGACUGCUGGUAGCGACGUGGUUUGGCUUUGGCUUCAAUGGCCGACCGGGUGGUGCCCGAUACGGCCACGAGAUGGGAUUUAUAGGGUAUCCGGAGCGUGCUAUCGCCUACGAGGAGAUAUGGCGCCGCGAGGAAAGCGACCUGUGGGACUGGCUAGAAGAUCGAGUAGGCCUUCAGCGUCUGAACGAAGAGACGAUACCCGUGCGCAAACGGGUAAUGGAGCCGCAGACGGUGGAAGAGAAGCUGCGCGAGGAACGUAUGAAGGAGAAGGAAGUCGAGGAGGCCAUCAAGAUCACGGAGGAGAAGCUGCAGGUUCUGAAGUCUGUCAUGGACCGAAAGAAGUCGCCGAAAAGAUCUAGCGGACAUAGUAGGCCGACGACAAACGUACCGGCUUCGAAGAGAUAGGCAGCGAGCUAUAGAGUGGAAUGGGGCAAAGGAGGGGAGAGAGGAAGGGAGAAAGACUGAGUGAGGGGUGGGAGGUUUGAUAUACAGGAGGGCCAGCACACCGCACCUCAACAACCCGCAAACACCACCACUACUUAGAUAGUUGUUGCCUACACGCACACACG